UUCCCCGUUUUCUUGCUGGACGUUGUUGGUUCCCCAUGUCGGCCAGCGUCAGUCGCACAUCCACUAUCGUUUCCGGUGAUGAGAACGCCGAACUCCAUCAUGAAGCCUAUCCGGAGCCUAACGAGAAAGGCGGAUUUGAUCCGUUCGAAGUGAGGUUUGAGGAGGGUGACCCACAAAAUCCGAAAAAUAUGGCUGUAUGGCGAAAGUGGUACAUUACAGUAACUGGAGGACUGCUGCUCUUGAAUGCGACAUUUGCGAGUUCAGCCCCGUCAGGGGUUGUGGUGCAGCUAAUAGAAGAAUUCCACAUGAGUCAAGAAGUCGCGACUCUCGCCAUCUCUCUAUUCGUAGCCGGUUAUUGUGUCGGUCCAUUAUUUUGGGGUCCCCUAUCUGAGCAGUAUGGUCGGCGAAUAGUGUUUUUAAUAGGGUUCGGAUUCUACACUUGUUUCCAAGUGGGGUGCGCACUGUCGCCCAACACGGGGUCCAUUCUUGUUUUCCGUUUGUUAGGUGGUAUCUUUGCCGCAGCACCUAUGACAAAUAGCGGUGCUAUCCUGUCGGACAUCUGGGAUGCGAAAUCUCGAGGAAAGGCUAUGUCUCUCUUCACGAUCGCACCUUUUGCCGGCCCUGCCAUUGGUCCCACUGUUGGUGGGUACAUUACCGUGGCUGGUGCAUCGUGGAGAUGGGUCUUUUGGGUCCUAACGAUAUACGCUGGUGUUUGCUUCCUGCAGAUCGUGUUUACCAUCCCGGAGACUUACGAGCCUAUCUUGCUCGUUAAGAAGGCUGUACAGCGACGAAAGGAAACAGGCGAUGAACGGUACUAUGCUCCCUUUGAGAGAAAUAAGCUCUCGUUUACUAAGCGGUUGGAGCACAUCCUUGCUCGUCCGUUCCGCAUUCUCUUCCGGGAGCCCAUGUUGAUCGCCAUUACAUUGUACAUGAGCUUCGUCUACGGUUGCAUCUAUCUGCUCUUCGAAGCUUAUCCCAUUGUCUUCACGGAAGGUCAUGGCCUGAACUACGGAGCCUCAGGGCUUGUCUUCCUCCCCAUCCCCAUUGGAGGGGCAUUGGCUAUCGCGGCUUAUCUCCUCUACUUCAACCCUCGCUAUGAACGCGCCGUCGAGCAGUAUGCUCCUAAUCCCGUUCCGCCGGAAAAGAGGUUGGAGAUGUCCUUGCCCGCUGGACCUAUCUUCGCCCUGUCAUUCUUCUGGUUUGGCUGGACCUCCUACCCGUCCAUCAGUUAUUGGGCCCCCAUGAUGUCGGGACUGGCGAUGGGCCUGUCAGUCCAAUUCAUAUUUUUGUCGCUUUUCAACUAUAUCAUCGACGCCUAUCUGUUCGUUGCCGCGUCUGCUUUGGCGUCGAAUACGGUAGUCCGUAGUUUGUUCGGUGCAGGUUUCCCUCUAUUUGCCACUCAAAUGUAUGAUACGCUGAAUCCACGAUGGGCGUCGACAUUGCUCGGAUGUAUCGCGGCCCUGAUGAUGCCUAUACCAUUCGUCCUCGUCAAGUUCGGUCCCAGGUUGCGACAGAAAUCUCGCUAUUCUCCAACCAAGCCCGUCAAAAAGGAGACUUCCCCGGCAUAGACAUGUCGUGACAACUAUUCAUCCCCUUACCAUGGAGCGACGGCUCUACGCCGGACCUUGCGUAACGUCACACAACGAGCCAUAGCCGCACGGCCUUCGUAUUGAAUAUCUCUUUUCGGGACUAGACGGAGGAUUAACGACACUGUAGCAUUAGUACUGAUUUAUCUACAUAUCUUUUUGCAUUUGUGCAAUGCUCUACUUCUACACUGGAUGACUUCCCGUAAGCAUUUAGC